AUGGCUUCGAUACCUUUAGAGCUUAUCCUCCAAAUCCUCACUUUGUCUAUGCAAAGCGUCCAACCCGUAGACCUUAAGUUUCUCGUAUCAGGCAACAAAGUCGAAUCAAACCCGAAGCCCAACACAGAAAAAGCUCCGAACUUGCUGCAGUAUGUCGGAGCUGAGGCGCAAGACCAACAUCAACAUGAUUGGACAAUUGCAACCUCUGUGUGCCAUGCGUGGAGGAAGAUCGGGAAGAAGGCUUUUUUUCAACAGAAGGUCUUCUUGAUCACACCUGGCUUCCUCAAACGACUUUAUGAAGACGAGAAGUGCCUGAGCUCUGCAUCUCGAGCUGCUCUUUUUAGUCAAGUUCGGCAUGUCAUCGUCCUUGUCCCGUGUUCUGUGGGAUGGGUAAAAUGCGUAGACCGGGACCAAUGGCUUGACAUUUCUCAUGUCCAUAAGCUCAUCGGACUCAAGAAUUUUCACCUACUGCUACAUCACGAUCACAAAGAUUGGAUUCAAUACGCUGAUCUACCAGACGCCUACGACGUGGCCUUGCCCGAAUUCUUCCUCUAUGUCUUGGAACGCCUCCACUUGGACAUCAACCGCCUGGAACCAAGGCUCCUCGUAUCCAAAACGGCAUUCAAGACAAUAGCAUUGGGCGUGAAAGAAGUGGGUCAAACUGCAUUCUGGUAUAUGGAGAGAUUACCGAACCACUUGAUUCAUGGCGACGAUUUGGAUGAUUACAGCUUCCCUCGUUUCACGGAGGAGGGAGGAGAUUUCGCUCAUCUACUUCCUUACCAUCCUUGGCCGACUCCAGAACAGGAGGAGUUUUUACAAACCUUUCCAGGUUACCCGUACCCAGAAGCGGGUGAUCGUACUCCCUAUCUGACGGGUGGACCACAAAGGGUACCCGAAAGAACUGGGAUCUUCGAAGAUGACUGUUCAUGA